AUGUCUAGUACGGUGCCGACCAGUUCUGCUCUGAGGGCUUUGGCGUUAGAAUACAAAAGCUUACAAGAGGAGCCAGUAGAGGGUUUUAGGGUGAAAUUGUUGGGAGAGGACAAUUUGUUUGAGUGGGAAGUGGCAAUAUUUGGACCACCAGAUACUUUAUAUCAAGGAGGCUAUUUCAAGGCAUAUAUGAAAUUCCCACCAGAUUAUCCAUAUUCACCACCAACAGUACGAUUUGUAACAAAAGUGUGGCAUCCAAAUGUGUAUGAGAAUGGCGACCUCUGUAUAUCAAUUCUUCAUCCGCCAGUCGAUGACCCACAGUCUGGCGAGCUGCCGUGCGAGCGUUGGAACCCCACGCAGUCAGUGCGAACAGUGCUCCUAUCGGUGAUAUCACUCCUGAACGAACCCAAUACCUUUAGCCCAGCUAAUGUUGAUGCUAGUGUGAUGUAUCGCCGUUGGCGUGAUUCGAAAGGGAAAGAUAAGGAGUAUGAAAAUAUUAUAAGAAAACAAGCUCAAGUCGCGCGCAUGGAUGCGGAAAAGGAAGGAAUAGUAGUGCCACUUACGUUAGAAGAUUAUUGUAUUAAAACUCGAGUCAAGGCGACGACACAAGAGCCGCAGUUGGACAUGACAGACUUUUAUGAUGACGAUUACGAUCUUGAUUCGGAUUCGGAAGAGGAAAUCGAAGGUGGUGAAGAUGGAGACGACAGUGGCAAUGGAGAGUCGUGA